AUGGGUAUGACUAGUCCAGAACUAUUAGAACUAGUUAAAAAUUGUCCUCAUGGUACCGAAGCAUUGAUUACACGCAUUAUUCAUAUUCUUACUCAACAAAUGCCACCAUCACAUGAAAUUGUUGAAAUAAUACGAGAUUUAUAUUAUAAACGUAUAUCAGAUGUUCGUUUACUCAUUCCAGUUCUAACUGGCUUGGAAAAGAGUGAAAUUAUAAAUGCAUUACCAAAAUUCAUAAAAUUGUCACCACCAGUGGUUAAAGAAGUUUUUAAUCGUCUUUUAGACUCAUCUAGAACCUCACAGACAAGUUUACUAUCACCAUCAGAAUUAUUAAUUGCUCUUCAUCGAAUUUCACUUGAAGAAUGUGAAUUAAGAACAAUAAUAAAUGCCACAUCAGUAUGUUUUAAUGAACGAUCAAUAUAUACUGAUGAUAUUCUUGCUGUUGUUCUACAACAACUUGUUGAAAUGAGUCCAAUUCCUAUUUUAUUUAUGCGAACAGUUUUACAAACAUUUAGUCUUUAUCCAAAAAUGGCUAAUUUUAUUAUGAUUAUUUUACAACGACUUAUAACGAAACAAGCAUGGAAACAAGCUCGCAUAUGGGAAGGUUUUAUAAAAUGUUGUGAAAAAACUCGACCACAUUCAUUUCCAAUACUUCUUCAAUUACCACCUUCACAACUUAAACAUAUCUUGCAAAUAACAUCGGAACUGCGUGAUGGUCUUGUACGUUAUUUAUGUUCUAUGCCAAUUGCUCAACGUUCAUCAAUUCCAUCAUCUAUCUUAAUAGUAAUCGAAGAUGACUCAAAAAAUGUUGCACUUAUUCCACCGUCUAAUUCAGCAUAA